GAACGCCUUGAAAGAUUCUUUCUGCUAUUGUCACCAUGUUUUCACGAAUCUUGUUACAAAAUAGUUUCUAUCGCCAUGUUCUAUCUACUUUUAAUAAAAGAUAUUACAAGAAGAAGUCAUGGAAGAUGCAAAGGAAAAAAGCUUCUUCUUUGGAAAAUUUUGAAACCUUUUAUGCUGACCAGUUUGGUGAGAAGUGGCCUAUGAUUUUUGAGUCACUUAAAUUACCAAUCCAGCACUGUGCAGUGGUCAACAAGUUUUCUGCAGUUGAAGAAGUGCAGGAAAAACUCUCUUUGGUGGCAGCACGGCCUCAAAGUGUAGAACCUUUUACAAGCACCCUUAGUGAAGAUGAGCAAAGUCAACUUACGUUGUCCUGUUACUUUCCAAGUUCUGAGGAAAGUGUUAGAUUUCCCAAGCAAGGAGAGACAAGCAAUGGAUUUUUUGAUUACUAUCUUCUGGAUGCUUCAUCUCUCCUACCCGUUUUAGCUCUUGACAUUUGUCCGGACAAUACAGUGCUUGAUAUGUGUGCUGCUCCUGGAGGUAAAAGUGUCCUGAUAUCACAGUUUCUUUCAAUAAGAGGUUGUAUUAUUGCCAGUGAAAUUGCAAACCAGAGAAGGGCAAAUCUUAUUAAGGUAAUUAAAGACUACAUACCAAAGAUCUCCAAAACUAAAGACUUGGUGCAUGUCAGGAGCUUGACAGGUUUCAAGUACGGCGAGUACGAACCAAACACGUAUGACAGGGUAUUACUUGAUGUACCAUGUUCUGCUGAGCGACAUAACUUGCACACAAACUUUGAGUUUAGUUUUUGGUCAGAAAAACACUCUGCAGCAAACGCUAACAUACAGAAGAAGCUUCUUAUGUCUGCGUUACAAACAGUUGUUCCUGGCGGUAUAGUGGUUUAUUCUACUUGCUCCAUGUCGCCGAUAGAAAAUGACGGAGUCAUAGAUGAGGUUUUAUCAAAAUGUUCAGAAAACAAGCAGCUCAAAGUUGAAGUUGUGGACUCGCAGUUUGCAAAUAAUUCGUUUGCGAAAAUGUUUGAUUACAGAACGACCAAACACGGGGUACUUGUCGUCCCUUCCAAGAUUAAGAAUUGGGGUCCGAUGUAUUUUUGUAAACUUCAACGACUGGCUAUCGAAUCUGAGCAAUUCUAAACCAAAUCUGAACUCAGAUACUUUUUUUUUAAGUGGGUUCAAAUGUGUAACUCUAGAGAAGUGUACACGAUGAUUUGAAAUACAAAAUCAAUAUCAUUGAGCGUAUCAAACGCCAUAAUAUGACGAAUUAAGAUCUUUUAUCUACCCGAUUGAUAGAAGAGAA